AUCGAGGAAUUAUCGAAGAAACAUGGCGUCAGCAUGGCCCAAAUUUCGCUCGCCUGGGUCCUCAGUAAAGAUAGUGGGUUGCUUUCUUGGCCCGUUGCAAGGGAUCGACUGAUUUGGGCUCGCCUCUGCAUAGCUGUCUCAGCACCCAUCGUCGGGACGACGUCUCUGGAAAAGUUGAAAGAUCUAAUCAGUGCACUCGAUGUGAAGCUCUUUGAUGAAGACAUCAAGUACUUGGAGGAUGCCUAUAAGACCGUCCCUGUAAUCGGACAUUCUUGA